AUGAGCGGCGGUCGCUGGUCGGUCCCAGACGACAUCGAGGUUGGGAAGGGAGGAAUCAGUAAAAGGAACAUAGAAUGGUUCGAGAAGAAACUGACGGAGGCCGACAAUCUUUUCAAGAAAGGGGAGGCCUUAUUAGAAAAGAUAUACGGAGAUGCUUCCAACGGCCAUACCAUCUUCAAGUGCGAGCGCAAAGGAGACGGCCGAGAGCCCCCCGAGCCAAGAGCGGUGGCGAUCGGGCCGUACCACCGCAACUGCAAGAACCAGCUGAAGUUCGACGAUGAUUACAAGUUGGAGAUCACUAGGUUUAUGGCCAAGUACUGCAGUCUUGACACGAAGAAGUAUCUCAACGAGAUGGAGGAGAAUGAAGAGGCUGUUCGCAGCUGCUACGACAAAGAUUUAUCCGAAUGGAGCAGCGCAGAAUUCCAAAUGAUGCUGCUCCUUGACAGCUCCUUCAUACUAUUCGUGAUCGAUGGAUUCCGCAUGAGGAGUCUAGAGCCCGAUUACCACUACGUAGAGUAUAUGGCUUUGCAUCUAGACGUAAGGGAGCACUCGGAGCCGAUCAAGCUCGACCUGUUGACAGUCGACAACCAGAUUCCGUUCUUCACCAUCAGGAUACUGCUAGGUUGCUUCUCUCAAGACGGCGCCAUCUGGGAGGAGCCGAUCGAAGAAUUAGCUUUGUGUUGCUUCGACGAUCUUUGGCCCAUAAAGAACGAAGAACAGGUUUUAGAACAAGAUCUAGGAAAAAAGAGGAACGAAGAACAGGUUUCAGAAAAAGAAAGGAAGGAAGAACAGGCAACGAAUACUCGAGUGCCUUUGUUCCUAGAAGAACAGGAAACACCUUUGUUCCUAGAAGUGGAGGAAAUGAAUAGGGGCGCACCUGGUCAGUUCCACCAUCUGCUCCACCUUUUUCACUGGUCUCGAAUACCGAAGGAAGGAUACCAAAUGGACCACGAAGACCGAGGUAGCAGGGAUGCUUUGCAACUGUAUAUUCCCAGCGCUACGGAGCUUAAAAAAUCUGCAACAAAGUUCAAGAAGAAACACUCGGGUAGCAGCCUAAACAUUGCGUUCAACCGCGGGCUGACGUCCGUAUCCGGGGUGAUCAGCAUCCCCGUGCUGCAGCUUUACGAUUACAGCAAACCGAUCUUCCGCAACCUCAUCGCGUUCGAGGCAACUCCGACGAACAGCGUGCUGUGCUUCACGGCCUACGCGGCGUGCAUGUCUUGCGUGCUGCAGCGCGAGGACGACGUGAAGCUGCUGAGGGAGAGAGGGAUAGUUGCGAGCACCAACUACAAGGACGCCGACAUCGUCAAAUUCUUUGAGGAAUUGAAUAAGGAGAUCGAAGGUGUCGAGAUGCCCGAGACACUACGCAAACUUUACACCGACGUGAUGGAUCAUCACAACAGUCGAAUCAGCAAAUGGUGGGGGGACUUCAUGUUGCAGUUCUGCCCCAACUUCUGGGUCGGUCUUUCGCUCGUCGCGGCUAUCCUCAUCUUCAUUCUCUCAUUUCUUCAGGCCUUCUCCGGCAUGCUCUCCUAUUAUAGGCCUAAGACAAAUUAA